AUGUUAGGUAAAGAUGUUUAUUUUGGUGAUAUGGUUUCCAAAAGUGAUAAAUUAUUUGUUUUAUUUAUGAAGAAUUAUUUGAAAAGCAUUAAUUUAGCAAACUACUAUUUUACAACAAAACAAUCAUCUGACGGAUUAAUGCUUUUAUGUGAAGUAGCACUUGGAAAAAUGUAUGAAUGUUAUAAAGCAACGAAUUUAUCUGCAUCAACUUUACCAGCUGGUACACAUUCAACUAAAGGUUGCGGAUCAACAAUGCCAGAUCCAAAAGGUUAG